CGCUGGUCGUAAAAUCUUUAAAUGUUUUACCAUGCAGAGAGCUGCACACACAGCUUCUUCUAACUGGCCUCGGGUUGUUAACUCGGUGAGGAUCCGCCAUAGUUUAAAAUGCAGAGGCCUUCUUCAGUACAGCUGUCGUGCUUACAGUAUCGUUCCACCUCCUCGGGACGACGAGGAGAAGGAGGCGGUGCACCGGAUGCUGCGCGUGGACCACGCGGGUGAAUACGGCGCUAAUCGCAUCUACGCCGGACAGAUGGCGGUGUUGGGUCGGUCAAGAACCGGACCUCUCAUCCAACAAAUGUGGGAUCAAGAAAAGAAGCACUUAGCCAAAUUCAAUGAAAUUCUUGCCGAGAACAGAGUUCGGCCAACAGCCCUGCUACCUUUCUGGAACAUCGCCGGCUUUGUCUUAGGUGCCGCCAGUGCCCUGCUGGGAAAGGAGGGGGCCAUGGCGUGCACGGUGGCUGUGGAGGAGAGCAUCUCAGAACAUUACAACAGCCAGAUAAGAGCUCUGAUGGAGAAUGACCCAGACAGAUACCUUGAACUCUUACAGGUGAUAAAAGAGUUUCGAGAUGAUGAGAUGGAGCAUCAUGAUGCAGGAUUGGAGCACGAUGCUGAAUCAGCACCUGGAUACUGGCUGUUAAAAAAUGCGAUACAGCUCGGUUGCAAAGCUGCAAUAUAUGCAUCUCAGCGGAUCUAAAGCUUAACUUAAAACACCUGUUUUUAUAUUUUUAUUUAGUUUUUGGAAAUUAGUUCUUUUGAAUGUGUUGUAAGUGAAUAAAGGAUGUGAUGCAACGUAUUGUUGUGUGUUGGAAAAGUGUUUCAUAAACAAGCUUUUGUUUAUUUUUUGGCAACAUUUAUUAUUAUGUUUGGACUAUAUUGUCUCAUGUUGAGUAGAAUGAAAAUGGAGUUGACUUUACCUGAAAUAAAUUGUCUGAACAUGUUUUAUUUCUGUGUUGCAUACAUGCUAACAUGCUAAUAAGUCAUCUGUGUGAAUGUUUUAUGAGAAACAGUUGAUUAAAUAUUUGUUGAAUUAAAAAUACAUUUAUUAUGUGUAACUUCAA